GUCCAAUGUUUUGAAGAGCACCAGAAGAAGAAGCGUUGCUACUUGAGUUUAUAUGUUGAAUGACUGUUGUUCGAAGUUUACAGUGUUUUUUACGGUUACUUUCUCUGCUUGGGAACAACUUACCACAUUUCGCCGUAGAGUCGCAUCGUUCCCUGACAUCUGACCGGCUGCUUCGCGCUGAAAAAUGCGGGACCGAACUAAGGAAUUAGGAAAUAAUGCGGAGGCUUCCGAUGAGGACGAUGAGGGCAGAGCGCUCAUGAUCAAACCUGGAACCUCUUCAGCCAAAGAGGAGAAGGAGAAUGACGCCUUCUUUAAAAAGGUGCAAGAAAUCCAUGAGGGGCUGCAGAGUCUCAAAAAGAUGGUGUCUAACCUGGAGAACAAACAGAGAACUGUGCUGGGGGUGGCGCUGCCGGAGGAGAGUAUGAAGAAAGAGCUCCAGACGCUCCGAGACGAGAUCAAAACGUCGGCCAGUCAGAUCCAGAGAAAACUCAAGAGUAUUGAACCGAAGAAGGGAGAGGAGGAUGGAAAAUAUAUACCCGUAAACAUUCGGAUGCAACGGACCCAGCACGGCGUUCUGUCGAGGGAGUUUGUGGAGCUGAUGGGGCGCUGUAACACCAUCCAGGCCGAGUACAGAGACCGCAACGUGGAGCGAAUACAGAGGCAACUCAAAAUCACUGGGAACAACGUGACAGAAGAAGAGCUGGAUGCGAUGCUCGAGAGCGGGCAGACGGAUGUUUUCACCCAAAAUAUCCUGAUUGACGCUCAAGCUACGAGGCAGGCCCUGAAUGAGAUCGAGUCCCGGCACGACGAGAUCCUGAAGCUGGAGAGGAGCAUCCGAGACCUGCACGACAUGUUCCAGUACCUCGCCAUGGAGGUGGAGGCUCAGGGGGAGAUGGUGAACCGGAUUGAAACCAACAUCAAAUACUCGGCCGACUACGUGGAGAAAGCGAAGGAGAACACGGAGAAGGCGGUCACGUAUCAGCAGAAAGCACGCAAGAAGAAGUUGUGGAUAGCGAUCUGUUGCGCCAUCCUCCUCCUCAUCCUAAUCAUUUCAUUGGUCACCACCUUCGGCACCUAACACCAGGCAGUAAGAAAUGUGCUUUUAACUCCCAAAUGACUACAAUCUCGCCUGCAUUUCCACUUCCACUGAAGAGGCAGCGCUGCUGGUUUAUGGAAACCCCGCCCGGUCACAUUCUGGUCUGCAACACAAAGACCAGGACGGUUUGUGAACUGUUACGUCACUGCUCCAUCACCUCCUACAUUAUAAAAAGAAAAAAAAAAGAGGAAAUAAGUGGCCUUGAGCAAAGCACAACGCAGUAUUGAAACCCCACACUGGCGCUGAUUAUACUGUACUCAGGAAACUGUGUUGAAUAUUGUUACGUUGUCCUUUCUGGAUGAAUUGGAGGCUAAAUAACAAUUUUAAUAGAUUAGAGAUUUCUUUUAUAGGCAGAUAGACUAAUAUAAUUGUACAUAACCUAUAUUGCUGGUGAUUAUGACAUUCUUUGAGGAUAUUUUUUUUUAAACUUGAAAGUUGUUUUGACUGCCUACAUGUAACAAGUGUAAAUAUAGAUUAUUUUUUUUGUGUUUGUUGAAUAACAUUACCCCCCCUUUUUAUUUUACAAAGGUGUCUCAGCACUGCUAUAAAAGGCCCAAGGCCCACUUAUUUGUCCUACCGCUUAGUAUUUAUGAUUUAAAACAGUUGUGUAUGCUGCUGCUAUGAGAAAAGUUCAGCAACCACACUUUUUUUUUUUUUUUUUUAAAUCACGACUGUGCCUCCUCCUUUAUGUCCAUGUGAGAAUGUAAUGUUGUGCAUUAACAUUGUCAAGAAGGGAUGAAGUGAGUUUUUAUUUUUGCUUAUUUGUUUAAAUUCACACAGCAAUGUUUCAGCUGCAAGUCCUCACUGCUUAGCCUGACACACACUCUUAUUAGACUCUCUUCACCGGUUUGUCACAUUGUGCAAAGCCUCCUUUUGUCUUGCUAUAAUUUGUUUAAUUAUGUGGGGAAAUCCUGGAGCAGUAAAAACAUUUAAGGAGGCAAAAGGUGCCCGUUCUGCAGCACUACGUGACAAAUCUGUAAAGAAAAACAAACCAAAACUUAUGUGAAUUGUCCUUUUUGAGGCAGAAAGAGGUUGACGCAGAGCAGUGACUUUCCUGUGUAAUAUUACGCCUGUUGAAUUUUGCAUCUCAUUUAUUUUAAUGGGUUUUUAAAAUAAAAUACUGCCAUCUAA